UAUGUACAACUAUCAAAACACUUGUCACAGGCUGGAAAGUUGCUUCCCACAGGUGACAGAGCAGCCAGUUGCCUCACCGAGGUUUUACCCAGGCCCAUUACUCCAACUAUUGUGCAAAAGUUUCGAAAUACAACAAAUCCAGCUCCUGGUGUUAAAAAAAUAUUCUACGGCAGAGCAGAUGAUCCUGACAUUGCAUCUCACUUGACACAUGGCAAAGCAACAUAUUCUUCAUUCGCUGUAGCUUCAAUCAUAAAUCCACUUCCUAAAACUAAUUUUCAACAAAUAAUGCAAGACAAAAAAGAGGCAAUCUACUUUAGUAAUAGAACAGCACCCUUGGGCAGAUCACAUGAUCAAUCUUCUAUGUUACCUGAGGGCUUGGAUAUAACUAAUACUACAUUUGGAACAAAAAUCAUCCAAGGUUCACCAGCUGGAGAGCUUAUAAAUCCACCAAAAACUUUUGAGGAACUGGAUAAUGAAGACAGAGAAGGGCAUGAUCUCUAUGUUGUGUCACACAAUGAUUAUUAUGCAGGGGAACCAAUAAAUAGGAAGUAUGACUCGCGAUACUUCAGCAAGUCUUCUCUUUAUGGGUUACCAACUCCUCACUGUAACCAUGGGCGAAAUACAGCCAAAUGCUUCCAUUGGCCCUGUGAUCUGCAAUCUAUAAGAGAAACUAAGAAUGUUCCCCCAGUCCAUACAUUUGGAAUGUUGGUGCGUCGAGAUGAAUAUGGAGUUGGUGAUCUACUUCACUGGUGGGUUCCAUAUGAGUUCCUCCAUGGAAAGGGCAAAGAGAAAGCUGUCUUGACUACAGUUCGGCAGAGUUUGAAGAACGCUAACUACAAUAAUUUUGACAUCUUACUAGAAGUAUUCAGGCAUUAUGAUAAGAAUAGAGAUGGGAUGAUAGACAAGGACAAUCUACGCAAGUCCUGUUUUCAGCUUAAUUUGAAUCUAGAUGAUGAGCUCUUGGAUUCGUUAUUUGACUGUUGUGAUUUGGAUAAAGAUGGUCUGAUUAAUUACCUGGAGUUAGCAAACUUUCUGAACUGGAAAGACAAAAUGGCUGUUAAAGAGUUUGAAGAAAAAAUAAUAAUAAAAGGCAAAAAAAUAGAUGUUGCUGCUCUGCCUGAAAGCACAAAGAUAAAUGAGGAGCCACUGCUGAAGCAGGAAGAUCUUGUGUUAAAAGAACCAGGAAGUUCAGAAAAGACACCAAAAACACUUACAAGACCAAAAAGUCAUAUGUUUGCAAAUUAUCAGACAAGUUCUUCUCAGUAUAAUUCUGUAGUUGGUGGUCUCCCAACAACCUGUUAUCGAGUGUGUGGUGUUCCAACUGUUCGUUCAGAUAUUCCUGCUCCUCAAAUUCGCGGCAUCAAUGACAGAACUAAUUAUGGUGAUGAGGCCAAUGCUUAUGCAUUAUUAUUCCCUUCUAUCUUCGGUCAAAAGGGAGUGUGUGAAAGAGACCUUUUUAAAACAAGACCAAAGGCAGAGAUUGCACAAAUCCUCCGCAACAUUGGCAUGAACAUUUCAGCUGAAAAGUUUGAAGAUAUAUGGAAACAAGCCUGUGUGAAACAUCAGAAAGAAGAGGUUUGUGUAGAAAGCAUCAGGAAUGUACUGAAUGAAAUACAUGCAUCACACACAAAAGCCAGCUGCUAAUUCUAAUAGUUGGGCAUUGCAUUUCUUUAAAUUGAUACCAGGCAUAAUUCUGAUGCUAAAUACAAUAAACUUUUAAAAUAAGGUGUGUUUACAGAACUGGAAUUCACUGUUUAUUGUCUUUCUGAAUAGUGGGUUCACCACAUAUAUAUGGAUCUUUCUGCUAUCCUUGCAGUUAGUAGGAACUGAUAGCCAUAGGAAUAAAAGAGGAUAGAACAUGUUUGUGAAUGGAAUUAAAAUAUUUUUCUUAUA